CGCGGGGCGCGCCCUCGACAGUCGUCGCCUCGCUCGUGCCCUCCGUCUGGUCCGCCGUCGAGUCCGUGUCUAGCGUCCGCCGUUCCACCAUGGGCCGCGCGACGUCCUAGCGCCCUCGCUGCUGGGCCUGCUCGGCCUGCUCCAGGAACCAGGCGCCACCAGGACCGCCUCGGCGAAGCCAGCCAACUUCUCGGACUUCUCGGAGUCUGUACUCGUCGUCCGGAGCGUCGUCUGCUUCUGAUCGGACGUGAAAAUGUCGUCGGUCAAGGUAGCUGUGAGGGUUCGGCCCUUCAACAACAGGGAGAUUGCCAGGGAGAGCAAGUGCAUCAUUGAGAUGACGGGCAAUACUACCUCCAUAGCCAAUCCAAAGACAAAUGACGCCAACAAGAACUUCAAUUUUGACUACUCGUACUGGUCGCACACAGAUGAAACAGAUCCAAGUUUUGCAACCCAGAAAAUGGUGUACAAUGACAUUGGCGAGGAAAUGCUCGAGCAUGCCUUUGAAGGCUACAAUGUAUGUAUCUUUGCUUAUGGGCAAACUGGUGCUGGAAAAUCCUUCACAAUGAUGGGCAAACAGGAAGAAGGACAGGAAGGAAUAAUUCCUCAAAUAUGUAGUGACUUGUUUAAUCGUAUCACGGACACCACCUCUGAACUGCUCCACUAUUCAGUCGAGGUCAGUUACAUGGAAAUUUACUGCGAGAGAGUAAGGGAUCUUCUGAACCCUAAAAAUAAAGGCAAUUUACGAGUUCGUGAGCAUCCUCUUCUUGGCCCCUAUGUUGAGGACCUCUCAAAAUUGGCCGUGACAAACUAUCAAGAUAUCCAUGAUUUAAUUGAUGAAGGCAACAAAGCCAGAACUGUUGCUGCCACAAAUAUGAAUGAAACCUCUAGCCGUUCACAUGCAGUCUUUACAAUCUUCUUCACUCAGCUUAGGCAUGAUGAAAUGACUAACUUGUCCACAGAAAAAGUGAGCAAAAUAUCUCUUGUGGAUCUGGCAGGGUCUGAGAGAGCUGACUCUACUGGUGCCAAGGGAACUCGCUUGAAGGAAGGUGCAAACAUAAACAAGUCCCUGACUACUCUGGGCAAAGUUAUUUCAGCAUUAGCUGAAGUUUCGGUCACAAAGAAGAAGAAAAAAGCUGAUUUCAUUCCCUACCGUGACUCUGUUUUGACAUGGCUUUUAAGAGAAAAUUUGGGUGGCAAUUCUAAAACGGCAAUGAUUGCAGCCAUCAGUCCAGCUGACAUAAAUUAUGAUGAGACUCUGUCCACCCUGAGGUAUGCGGACCGUGCUAAACAGAUUGUAUGCAAGGCUGUUGUGAAUGAAGAUGCCAAUGCUAAGCUUAUUCGAGAACUCAAGGAGGAGAUUCAGCGACUUCGUGAUCUCCUUAAAGCUGAGGGGAUUGAAGUCCAAGAAGGGCCUGAUGGAAAAGUUUAUUAUGAAAAGAAAGAUUCCUCUAAGGAUGGUGGUGGUAUGCGUAUGAAAAUGCCAGAAGGAGGUCGCCCACGCAUGACCUCAGGUUCAAGCAUUGCUGAAGAUGCUGUGGAUCAGCUUCAAGCAAGUGAAAAGUUGAUUGCAGAAUUGAAUGAAACAUGGGAGGAAAAAUUGAAGCGAACAGAAGCCAUUCGUUUGCAACGUGAAGCAGUUUUUGCUGAAAUGGGAGUAGCUGUCAAGGAAGAUGGUAUAACUGUUGGUGUGUUUUCCCCCAAAAAGACUCCUCAUUUGGUGAACCUCAAUGAAGAUCCAUUCAUGUCAGAGUGUCUUAUUUAUUACAUUAAGGAUGGAGUGACCCGAGUGGGAUCAUGUGACGCUAAUAUUCCUCAGGACAUUCACCUUUCUGGUUCUUUCAUUCAAAGUGAGCAUUGUGUGUUUGAAAAUGUGCAUGGGGUGGUCACACUCAGGCCCAAGAAAGAAGCACUGUGCUAUGUCAAUGGACGGGAAAUUAACACAGCAAUUGUCCUGAAGACUGGCUCAAGAGUCAUUCUUGGAAAGAACCACGUUUUUCGAUUCAAUCAUCCAGAUCAAGUUCGAGAACAACGCAAAUCAUGUGUGAUUGAAGCUUCAGAAAAUGAACUGGACCCUCAAGGGAACCAGCCAGGAACUAAAAUAUCUCCUGCUGAGACACCCAGUGCAAAUGAAACAGUGGAUUGGGAUUUUGCCCAAGUAGAACUCUUAGAGAAGCAAGGUAUCGAUCUGAAAGCUGAGAUGGAUAAACGAUUAUUGGCUCUAGAGGAACAGUUCCGUAAAGAGAAACAAGAAGCAGACAAUAUAUUUGAGGAACAACGAAAGAACUAUGAAGCCAGAAUUGAUGCUCUUCAAAAGCAGGUGGAGGAACAAAGUAUGACUAUGUCCAUGUACAGUUCAUACACUCCUGAAGAUUUUAACACUGAGGAGGACAUUUUUGUCAACCCAUUGUUUGACGCAGAAUGCAACUGGUCUGAUCGAGAAUUCCAACUAGCUGCAUGGGGUUACCGCAAAUGGAAAUAUCAUCAAUUUACUUCAUUACGAGAUGAUCUUUGGGGCAACGCUGUGUUUCUGAAAGAAGCUAAUGCAAUAUCAGUGGAGCUGAAAAAGAAGGUUCAAUUCCAGUUCACUCUAUUGACUGACACGCUGUAUUCUCCCCUACCACCUGAUCUCCUUCCUUCAGCAUUGCUCGAUGAUGAUGAUGAAGAAAGACCCUUCCCAAGAACAGUUGUUGCUGUUGAAGUACUGGACUUGAAGAAUGGAGCCACACACUAUUGGACUUUGGACAAGUUAAGACUCCGGUUGGAACUGAUGCGCCAAAUUUACAAUGAAGACGUUAGUCCAGACCCAGGGACACCAGAACAGAGCCGAGAAGACUUUUUCCAAUGCUUCUCACCGUGUUCUUAUAAGAAGCCCUUAACCAUCCUGUUGCCAUCAAGGCAACGGCUGGAGUUAAUGCGAGAAAUGUACCACAAUGAAGCUGAGCUCUCUCCUACAUCCCCUGAUUACAAUAUAGAAUCACUGACUGGCGGAGAUCCAUUUUAUGACCGGUUCCCCUGGUUCCGCAUGGUCGGCAGAGCAUUUGUGUAUCUGAGCAACCUUAUGUACCCAGUGCCUCUUAUUCAUAAAGUUGCUGUGGUCAAUGAGAAAGGAGAUGUUAAAGGUUACCUUAGGGUUGCUGUCCAAGCUGUUGUGGAUGACGAAACUACUGAACAUUCCAGUGGGGUACGUCAAUCAGCUCGUAUUAAUUUUGAUGACGAUCUGGUUGCAAAUGGUAAACGCUACCAAAGUAAAAAUGCAUUCCUAGCUAAUACUACAGAGCGCUUGGAGGAACGAUUUGUUGAGGGCCAUGAUGGAAAAAGUGAAGCUCCUGAGAUGUCAGAAAAAAGUGAUGGAGUUGGCGAUCUUUCACUCGUCCCUGAAACAAAAGACGAUGAAAUUCCCGAACACCUUGUUGGGGGAAAAGAAUUUACAUUCCGAGUCACCAUUCUUCAAGCUGUAGGCAUCAGUACUGAAUAUGCUGAUAUUUUCUGCCAGUUUAAUUUCCUACAUCGACAUGAUGAAGCUUUCUCCACUGAGCCUGUCAAGAACACUGGGAAAGGAGCGCCCCUUGGAUUCUACCAUGUUCAAAAUAUAACUGUUAGUGUAACCAAAUCCUUUGUGGAUUAUCUCAAAACACAACCUCUAGUGUUUGAGGUAUUUGGCCACUAUCAGCAGCACCCACUUCACCGAGAUGCCAAGCAGGACAUCCACAGUGUACGAGUUCCACCAAAACGCAUGCAGCCCCCUUCCAUUCCAAUCAGUCCUCCUGUCCGUUCAACUAAGUAUGGCAUCACACCAGCUCCCUGCACCAGCCACAUUCACUCAAAAUAUGAUGUGCUGGUGUGGUUUGAAAUUUGUGAACUAGGUCCGAAUGGCGAAUAUGUUCCAACUGUGGUCGACCACAGCGAUGAACUGCCUUGCCGUGGCUUGUUUCUCCUGCACCAGGGCAUUCAACGGCGCAUUCGCGUCACCAUCGUCCACGAAAUGGCUAAUGAACUGCGUUGGCGAGAUGUGCGGGAACUUGUUGUUGGUCGCAUCCGCAACACUCCGGAACCAGAAGAGGAGGACAGUGACAGCUCUGUUCUCUCUCUGGGACUGUUCCCUGGGGAAUACUUGGAACUUCCUGGGGAAGAUCGUUGUGUGUUCAGAUUUGAAGCAGCAUGGGACAGCUCCCUUCACAAUUCCCCAUUGUUAAACCGAGUUACUCCUUAUGGGGAACAUAUUUUCUUGACAAUAUCUGCAUAUAUGGAGCUGGAAAAUUGUGGAAGACCUGCAAUCAUCACAAAGGAUCUGAGCAUGGUCAUAUAUGGACGAGAUGCGCGCACUGGACCCAGAUCACUCAAACAUCUUUUCACGGGGAACUAUCGCAACAUGGAGGCCAACCGUCUUACUGGUGUUUAUGAACUGUUGCUGAGAAGAGCUUCUGAUGCAGGUAGCCCAGGUGUUCAAAGGAGACAGCGUCGUGUGCUGGAUACUAGUAUGACUUAUGUCAGAGGAGAAGAGAAUUUGCAUGGAUGGAGACCACGUGGGGAUUCCCUAAUUUUUGAUCAUCAAUGGGAAUUGGAGAAGCUAACUAGGUUAGAAGAAGUGGAAAAGAUGAGGCAUCUGCUGCUACUUCGUGAGCGAUUGGGAAUUGACCGGGCUCAGCCACCUCAUCCAAGGUUGCAUGAUUUUACCAAAUCAGAAAAGGAGGUGUGCAACAUGGUUGCUAAGGCUAAUGCUGAGGGGCACGCGAGUCCUGUCAAGCUCAAGAGUCCUGAUGAGUCGGUUUAUGAGCCGUGGGAAAUGACAGACCGAGAAAGGGAACUAACGAUGAAGUGCGUCAAGUUAAUUCAAGGGCGCAUACCUAACAAGGAUCUUCCAAUGCCAAAGAUAGACUUAUCCCCUGGUGAUGAGCCGACCGACAUGUCCUCUUGCAUGUCUUCAACAGCCUCUCAGGAUCUCUUCUCACCUGAUCGAGCCUCAAGAGCUCUUCCAGGGCCUGAUAGCACCUGUCCAAGUGAUAGCUUGUAUUUGAAUGGUAUUCAUCCCCAAUCACCAACAAGUGGUGCAUCUUCCCCAUGUCGGGAUCAGUUAGUGCUGUACGUUCCUGAGAUGGAGGAAAUCCGCAUUAGUCCUGUCAUUGCUCGCAAGGGUUAUUUGAAUAUCUUAGAACACAACACAGGCAGCUGGAAGAAGAGAUGGGUUGCUGUACGGCGCCCCUAUGUCUUUAUCUUCCGAAGUGAAAAGGAUCCAGUUGAGCGAACUUUAAUCAACCUAGCCACAGCUCAGGUUGAUUUCUCAGAGGAACAAAGAUCUAAAAUUCCAAACUCUUUCAGCAUGACUACCAAGCACCGCUCGUUCAUCAUGCAAACUUUGAGUGAUAGGGAGUUACAUGAUUGGUUGUAUGCUAUCAACCCACUGCUCGCCGGGCAGAUCAGGUCCAAACUAGCUCGUCGAGAACCCGGACAAGUAGGGAAUGGAGCAAUACCUGUCAUGAAUGGUCCCAGCCACCAGCAACAGCCACUUCAACCCAUCCAAGAUGUUGCAGCUGGCGCCAACUGACCUCUAUUCUGCCACUGUAGAAUGUCAUAAUCGGUCAUCAAUGCUUCUUUUGCUAUAAUUUGGCGCUGACUUUAUCUCAUGUUGUGAAUACUCCUAUGGUGUCUGAUCUUUGGACCAUUUUUAUUGUGUAUCCGAGAAUGCAUGAAUGGGGUGGGGACUUUGCAAAAAAAAAGUAUAGAUCUUUCCACUUAUUGCAAUAUUAUCGUUGUGUGUAUCUUAGCCUCAACAGAUAGCUUGCAUAUUUUUUUUAUUGUGAGGGCUCACAUUGGCAGCCAAGCGUGCUUGUUACACAAAAAGUGCCAAUUGCCAUUUUACCAGUGGUAGAUUUGACUGUCAUACUGUUGUGGUUUUCUUAUGUUUCCUUUUCUCUUGGAAAGGUUCCUUUGAUGUCGUUUGUUUCUAAUGUAAAGCAGAAUAAGGACAAGACCUGGAGUAGGGUUGACUCAAUAGGCGGAUGUGAUAAUUUAUUUUGUUAUUUUUAUUUUUGUAAACACUUUUAUAGUUUCUGUUGGAAUUUUGUGAAUGUAUUCACUCUUCAGUGAUAAUUGUUUUAGCUUUGGAGCAGUGCUCUUGAUGAUAUUCUGUAUCUUAAUGAUUGUUUAUUUUUUAUUUUAAAUAGUAACUUAGUAGUUUCCAUUUCUGAGUGACUUUUGUGAAGUGUGCCAUUUCUUUUGAAUACCUGGUUAGACCCAAAGUUAUGUGUCAGAUGUACUUUGCUGAAUCUGCAAAUACCGAAGGCUACGAGAUGGUGCUGCUUGUCCUUGAGCUUUUCGUUGGGAGUGAUGCAUAUUUAAAUGUUUCAAUUGACUGCUGUAGAAAUUGUUUUGGGUAGGAAAUCAUGACUUGAAUUCAACCGGUGUGUUUGCUUGUCAGAUUUUCUGUUCAAUACAUUUUUAUUUUAGCUGUCCAUAACGGCCAUGUACCAUUCCACAAAAUUGAACCCUCCUCUUUUUAAUUUCCAUAGAUCUCAGUGAACUGCAAAGUUGUUUUGCCCUCUCCAUUUUGUUUCAAAUGAAUGUAAUUUUUCCCCAACGUACCAACACCCAUUGCCAACUUGUUUCCUCCUGCGAAAUUUGUGUGAGAGUUUAUGUGUGCUGUAGAGAGAAUGCUUUUUUGUGAUUCCUUGUGAAUUAUCCAAUCAUCUUAACUCUCUUAGAGUCCUUAACUCUCUUUUUGCGGAUAAAAAUAUUUUUAAAUAAGUCAGAUAUGAUUAAGUGUUAGCCUUUUUGUAAGCUCUUCAAUCUGAAAGUAUAGUCAAUAAGUUAUUCUGUUCUAAUUUGAAUCCAAUCAACUUUUUUAUAAUUUCUCAAGUUUCAGUCAUUUUCCAGUUAAUGAACUUGUAUUUUUAAAAUUCUGGAUCGAAAAGCUAUUAAUGACUCAUUCUAUUUUCUAGUGGUUGGAUGAGUAGCUGUAUGAAUCAUGCAUUAAGAUGUAAAGCUGCAUCUUUAAGGAUUGGUUGUAAUUUACAAUGUAUGAGUGAGAUUUCCACUGAUUGUCACUGCUCUCAGUUGUUAAUAACUCGCUAGCUGAUUACUGUAUUUCCGCAUGAUACUCCUAUUUCUCUAGUCAAUGUGUGGAGUUAUGCAGGAACACGUGAGAUUUGGUGCACAAUUAUUUUUAAGAGUGUAACCCCCAUUAGUUAUAUGUGAAAGAUAACAUUUAAAAAAUUAUGAAAGCCAUCUAAUUUUGGUUGUGUAUGAAAACCUUGCCACAUUUUCCUUAUGUGUAUGUUGUGUUAGUUGUCCUCCCUAAGAUAACCUUUUAAACAGUUGUACAAAGUCUUCAUUCAACUUCUCUGCUGAUAGUUCAUAUCAGCCGACCAAGUCAUAAAUUCUCCUAUUGAAAGUGCUAUGUUUCAUCCUGAACAUUUUGUAAUCUACAGUUGCAUCAUGUAAAGGGCUUUUGUUCAAUGUUGGAUCUACCUUAAAUACGCAACAUUGAAGUAAUUAUGUUGACCAAAUAUAUUUGACAGCAAAAGGUUCUAAUGUUUUGGGAGGAUUAAAAUUUUAAGUUCAACUUAUUCCAAUGGUUUGUGCAAAUUUGACUGAGAUUUUUCAUUUAAAAUUUAAAUCCUGUACCAUAUUUCUAUUGAAGUUGAAGGAGCAGUGAAGUAGUCAUAAUACUGCAUUGAGGUAAAGAGAGAUACUUAGAAAUAGUGUUAACGACUGUUUUACUCUUGAAAUGUUUGAAGUUAUAGUCUCAUUAUGUGAGGCCUUUGUAUUGAAAUCUUCAAACAGACUUUGCUUUUAUACUGUUAAAUGGUGCAAGUUUACCUCAAUAUUUUUCCUACACUUGUAAUAAUAAUGCACAUUCGCUCGAUACCUCACUGCAACUGCAAUACUAGCUGUAAAUGUGCUGUGCCUUUUGGUCCUGUGUAAAUUUGUCUCGUAAGAAGGAAGUCAAUGUAUGAAAGAUGCUAUUGUUAGUUGUUUAAGUGGUAAGUUGUUUAGGGAAAGUGGCAAAUUUCUUUCACUAAGAGAAAAUUAAAGUUCUUUUUGUUGCUAGAUAGCUUUGUUCCUAAGGUAUUUUGUCUUUAUAGUGGCCAAUGACUGCUUCUCUAUUUAAGAUCUGGGAAAUUUUAUCCAGUGUUACAGAUGAGCAGCAGCAUGUCACAUUUUUGUAAAGGACAUCUUGUGUAAGGUUUUCUACAUCUAGUCUAUAUGUCACGUGUCAUGUGCUUGUUUUGGCCAAGUUUCCACAUUUUAUUGGUGUUUAAAUGGCAAGUUGAUUUUGUUGACACUAUUGAGCAAUUUGCUAAAAGACCUACCAGUAUGUAGGUUUCUUCAAAAUUUAAGGAUAAAAGAUGAAUUGGGGAGUUGACAAAUCCAGUCUUUCUUGUUUCUACUGCACUCAGCAAUGGAACUAGUCAUCAAAACUAUUUUAAACUUGCUUUGCUUUUUAAAUCAUGUUUGUACUAUUAAGGCAAUCUCCAUCAAACUUCCAGUGAAUCAUGCUUUUGUCAGCCUUAUCAUCAUUAAGUCAUCAAAGAAUUCAGUAUUAUCUUACCUCAAACGCUUCAUUGUUGAUUCCUUUACUGUUACGCUAAGAUUAGCUCUGGUUUGCGACUCUUCUGCCUUAAAUAAAUUGUGAGCUACCAAUUUAAUCAAGCCUCCUUUAAUUUUGUGACGCAAGGACAUUUCCUUUGGCUUUUAAUGUGAUAAUAAAUACAAAGAUGUAA